AUGGCUAGAACAUCUCUAAACACAAAGUUGAAAUCAAAAAGCUCAAGGCUGAUAGAUAGGUUAAGCAAUCUAUCGGAUGAUGUGUUAUGUAAGAUCGUUUCAGAGCUACCUACCAAGGAUUCCAUUCGCUUCACCUCUAUGUCAAAACAAUGGAGAAAUCAUUGGUUAAGUGUUCCAGCUCUGGAUUUGCAUCAUCGUCAUUUCGGAGAUGAAUACGAACUUUUCGAAUUCAUAGAUAAGUUUCUGGAGUCUAACGGUGGGCGAGAUGUGAAGAGGUUCAAGCUGAUCUAUGAUGCUAUUGAGCAUGAUCAAGAGGAAUUCGAAUCAAGGAUCGAUGAUGUGGUUAAGCGUGGAGUCUGCGAUCUAACAAUUAUCAAUCAUCUAAGUUCUGAUGAAGGGGGGUUUGUUGUGAUGCCUUUGUCCCUUUACUCUUGUGCGACAUUGGUGAAUUUAACUCUCAAUAGUGUUGUCUUUGACGAUCCCGAAUCGGAAUCGGUUUCUUUGCCUUGCUUGAAGACUAUGCAUCUAGAGGCGGUUAGGUUUAAUGGACGUGAUGAGAUUCUGAAGCCUCUCAUAUCAAGUUGUUUGGUUCUCGAGGAGUUAACCAUAAUCACAGUAGCUGAUUUAUAUUAUGAUGGUGGAGCCGAGGAGGAAUGGGGAAUUGCAUGCGUGUGCUCUCAGUCAUUAAAAAGCUUCAAAUUAGAGUCUACUACACAUGCUGAUAUUCAAAUUGAUGCUCCACGACUUGAGUAUUUGAGUAUUCGUGAUUACCAAUGUGAAAGUCUUACUAUACAUAGUAUUGGUCCCUAUGCAAAGGUUAACCUUGAUGUUAAGCUUAAUGUGGAGUUAGAUGAUCCAUCCGAGAGAAGUGAGAUCGGUGAUUUUCUCAAUGCCAUUUCUACAGUCCGGGAAAUGAUCAUCUCUGCACGAACUCUAGAGUUCAUUCGUGGUUACUCUAAGUUUGAACCGCUGCCUCAGUUUUCUAAUGUGUCUCACUUAGAAGCUUCUUUCCCCAAGACUACUUGGGAGUUCUUGCCAAGCUUUCUUGGUUGCUGCCCGAAUCUAAAGUCCCUUGUACUGGAAUACGGCUCACUUUCGGAGACAGAUGAGAUGAAUUCUUUCCAUGUUCCUCAAUGUUUCAUAUCAUCUCUCGAGUUCGUUGAGUUGAAGACACCAGCCACUCUCAAGGGGACACCAACUAAGCUGAAACUAGCAAUCUACUUCAUUAGAAACUGUGCUGUCUUGAAGAAGCUGGUGGUUAGUGGAUGUUCUGAUGACAUUAUCAAGAAAAUCGAAAAGAUUCCUAAACGCUCUCCAGGGUGUGAAGUUGUUGUGGUAAAGCCAAAACUACAACGUAGUCGCUAA